UUGCACAUCCUAAUUGUCAGCAGCAACUGCUCACCAUAUGGUAUGAAAAUCUUUCUAAUUUACGUCAACAAUCUGCAGCUGUAAAAUGCUUGACAGUCUUUGGAGUCAUGACAGGCCUUCCACUGCUGGCUGUUGCUUACUGGAUUGCUCCUUGCAGCAAGCUAGGAAAAAUCCUCAGAAGUCCUUUUAUGAAGUUUGUGGCACAUGCUGUUUCUUUUACAGUCUUCCUAGCACUCUUGGUUUUGAAUGCAUCAGACAGAUUUGAAGGUGUAAAAAACUUACCCAAUGAAACCAUCAUUGACUAUCCAAAACAAAUCUUUAGAGUGAAGACAACACAGUUUUCUUGGACAGAAAUGUUAAUAAUGAAAUGGGUAUUAGGUAUGAUAUGGUCAGAAUGCAAAGAAAUUUGGGAAGAAGGCCCUCGAGAGUAUGUGGUACAUCUUUGGAAUCUUUUGGAUUUUGGAAUGUUGUCAAUUUUUGUUGCUGCAUUUACUGCAAGACUAAUGGCUUAUUUAAAAGCCAGUGAAGCACAAAAAUACGUGGACCAGUAUGUUAAGGAAGAAGACCUUAGCAAUGUCACACUGCCAGAGGAGGUUGCAUAUUUCACAUAUGCUAGGAACCUGUGGCUUCCCUCAGAUCCCCAGAUAAUAUCAGAAGGACUAUAUGCCAUAGCAGUGGUGCUGAGUUUCUCCAGAAUUGCUUACAUUCUACCAGCAAAUGAAAGCUUUGGUCCUCUGCAGAUUUCUCUGGGAAGAACUGUGAAAGACAUCUUCAAAUUCAUGAUCAUCUUUAUCAUGGUGUUUGUUGCCUUCAUGAUUGGAAUGUUCAACCUUUACUCAUACUACCUUGGUGCAAAAUACAACCCAGCAUUCACAACGGUAGAAGAAAGUUUUAAAACUUUAUUCUGGUCAAUAUUUGGCUUAUCAGAAGUAAUAUCUGUUGUGCUGAAGAUUGAACACAAAUUCAUUGAAAACAUUGGCUACAUACUCUUUGGAGUUUAUAAUGUUACCAUGGUGGUGGUACUUCUAAAUAUGCUAAUAGCAAUGAUCAACAACUCAUAUCAGGAGAUUGAGGAAGAUGCAGACGUGGAAUGGAAGUUUGCGCGAGCAAAGUUAUGGUUAUCUUACUUUGACGAAGGAAGAACCCUGCCUGCACCAUUCAAUCUGGUGCCAAGUCCCAAAUCAUUUUAUUACUUUGCAGUAAAAGCCAAAAUAUUCUUAAGUAACCUCUGUAAAAUAAAGACCAAAACCUGUGACAAUGAUGUCGAAAUGGGCAUACUCAACUCAAAAAGAAGGCUAGAUCGGUAUCGGCCAUAUUCUCGAAGUGUGGAAAGCUGUUCUGUGAGAAAACCUAUAUGCAAGCCAACACGAUACCAGAAAAUUAUGAAACGACUAAUAAAAAGAUAUGUGCUGAAGGCUCAGGUUGACAGAGAAAAUGAUGAAGUUAAUGAAGGAGAGCUUAAGGAGAUCAAACAGGAUAUUUCCAGUUUACGCUAUGAACUUCUGGAAGAGAAAUCGCAAGCCACUGGAGAAUUAGCACAGCUUAUUGAGCAACUCAGUGACAAAUUUGGAAAAAAUAUGAACAAAACACAAGAAUCAGAUAAAUGGGAUGCUAUUUAGACAACCAUUUUAUAAACCGUUUUGUUAUUUACAAUUUUUUUUUUUUUGAGAACAUCGUGACCAUUCAGCAGAAGGAUAAAUUGAUUACUUAAAUGAUCCAUAAAGGAAACAUGAAAUAGGUCAUAAGACGAUCAUUUGCCACUGGUUGUAUUUGUAUGCAGGUCCUGUCUGGCCUUGAGCUGGUGCUAGAAUUAGAAAGCUAUAUGUCACAUGGCAAGAAGGAUGCUGGUGUAUAACUACAGCCACACAGGAUGAAGGAAUGGAGUGUUUCUCGGACUGAUUGUAGCCAAUUUAAUUUAGUUUUUGCAUCACAGCAUUGAAUACCUGUGUUAAAGUCUAUGAUAUUGACUGGGUGGAGAUUGUUUAUAAUGCUAAGUGGUACUACUCCACUGCCUCUUACAAACAAUAGGCAUUCCAAGUAUUUAUUUUCUUUCUCCUGGUUUUUGCAGUAAAAUGAAGAAAAAAAAAGACGAAAAUAUUCAGCACCUGUUACAAUGCUUCGGACCAAAAUAGUAUAGCUAUGUUUACUAACACAAAUUAUUUUUAGAGUGAAUAGAAAUAUUUAUUAUUUAAUUAUUCUUUAGAGUGUGAAUGUAGGAGUCUGUACAACUGUUUAGGAAGGGCUAAAAGAGAUCUUUAAUAAGCCAAAAUGAAGCAAUGUUUAAUAAGUGAGCUAAAUAUAGCCCUUGACUAGAUAGAACACAAUAGGGAUUAGCUCAUCCAUGUACUGCCAUGGACAUUGUGGAUGUUAACACGUUCUUCCUCAGAAUGCUGUAAACGCAUGCUCACAGUAUGUUACUGUGCUAUACAUAGCAUGUGUAAAUUCAGCUUAAGCCAUCUCUAUUAACUACAACUACCUUCCUCUAACAGUGAUGUCUCAAAUGAUAACUCUGAGGCAUGAGAAUCAGAUCUGCUUCAGAAAGCGUAGGUAAAGACAAAUGUUGUCCUGCUUAUCAUAGCCAGAAGAUACAAUUUUGUUGCUUAAUGAAGAGGAAGCCUUGUUAUGAAGUUAACAUUUUAGCAUUCUAAAUGGUAAAAAGGGUGGGUGCACCAGGUAUUCCUAAACAUAAACUGCAUAGGAAAAUAGGAAUGGUGCACUGUUCUACUAUGAUAUGUUUUAGAUAGCCUUUUGUGUGCUGUCACAGCUAAUGUAA